CACGAUUGAAUCAUCCUGUAUACCGGAACUACGAUUACAUCGAAAACAUCAAGGAUCUCGCAAAUCCGAGUCCUUCUAACGCGUUGUCGUCGAAAAAUCCGAUUCUGGUUGCAGCCUGUAACACUUUCGGAAGAUGUGCAGGAAGUUCCCCGUCAUGUUGCUGACCGCGACCAUCCUAUUCCGUGUCGCUUGCGAAUUGUUCGAACCGAAUUACUCGGACAACUAUUCCAACUUAUAUCCUUUUGUAGAAAAGUGGGCCAUGACCAGUCACACGAAAAUGUUGACCGUGGUAUUCGAUGAUUACGAGUACCAUCGUACAUUUGAUGUUCCUCGUGGCAUUCUAGUCGGCUUAAACGUCUCCAUCAAACUAGUCAGCCUAAAACAUGUAAUAUCUUUGAAAUACAAGAACAUGAGACGCGAUUAUCAGACCAUAGAGACAGAAAGUUGCGUGCUGCUGUUGUUCUCGAACGUGGAUCAUCUCAGGGAUAUCCUUAGUUCUCCGCAUUUGAUGUCGUUCUGGCAUCCAGAAAAUUUCUAUAUUCUUCAAGAACAGAAUCUACAAUUCUCCAAUUCGUCGAUAUACGAGAGAUUUUGUAAGUGGGCGUUCGAGAGGCUUUGGAGGUUUAGAAGGGUUUAUAAGCUGCUUUUGUUCGCCGCUGGCAAAGUGAUUCGAUACGACCCUUUCGAUUACGCUGCUCGUCACCCUGGGUAUCACGUUAACGCCAGCUGCGAUUGGAACUGUGUUAAAUCGAACAAGGACAGUUUUCUGUUGAUCAACGGACCAAAUACCACCGAUAUAUCGGAUUUUUUCAUCAGGGAUAGAAAAGACUUUAAAUUAUCCCCGUUAAAAGUCUCCAUCUUCGAAACGAGCACGAUAUCUUUCCAGAACGGCCAAUUUUCUGGAUUAGACUUCAAAUAUCUCGAAGAAGUUUGUAAAAUGAUGAACGUGACGUUGGUUCUAAUUAGAUCGAAAGAUAGAUUCGGCUGGGAAGAGAACGGAGUAUUUUUUGGGACUAUUGGACAUUUGGUCUAUAAGUUUGCAGACGUAUCGUUCAAUCAUUUUUUCAUUAAAGACUAUUUCACCAGGGAGCUGGAGUUUACGACGCCGAUCACCAGCGACAAAUUAUGCGUGCUUGUUCCUAAAGCACCACCAGUCCCUGAUUAUCUUGUGAUCGUCAAGAUCUUCACUGGAGGAGUCUGGUUAUUAGUGUUCGCCACGCACUUCAUCAUCUCGAUGAUUUAUACAAUUUUGAAGAACGAAAGGUUCGAAGCUAUUCGACGAAGCGGAACAGUAUUUUUCUGCUGCGAAUAUCCGACUGACUUUUACUUCCUCGAGAAUCGAAACGGAGGCGUGGUCAAAAUCGCUCCAAAAUUUACGAAGGAGCGAUCGUAUGGCGAAGCACACGGAAUUUACCUAAUCAAGAAAACGCCAAAUAUUCGAUCGAUGAUAAAAACGAAGGAAGGCCGCUCGAAGCGAUUCAACGAAAUGUGUUUGUCUUUUGUCACGUGGCUGGGCAGAUAUUUAACAAAAGUCGUAUUUCAACUGAUGCAGCCCUUUGAUUUGGGCCAGACUUGGUUCCUCAAGAGGUUGUUGAUGAUGUGCAGUUUGUUUCUAAGUUUGAUCCUUAAUGGGAUUAUCACUUCCCAGCUUGCCUCUAGUUUCAGUAAAAGAAUGUAUUACGAGGACAUCAAUACUUUGGAGCAGCUGAAAGAAAGCGGUCUCACGAUUUUAACCGACACCAAAGAUGUUCUCGACGACGCGUUGACUGACUUUACAUCGCCAAUAAUCAAGCAACUAAACGAUAGAUUAGAAUACGCGAACAAAUCGGAAGUGUAUAGAAGAUUAUUUGAAGCGAAGAAUGCUGCUUAUCUUCAUCGACUCGAGACACUGCCAUUUAAAUACAGCGAGGAAGAAAUGGAAAGUCUACACGUCGUCAGCGAAUGUCCGAGGGAAUACAUUCUCGCCAAUAUAAUUACAAAAGGAUCUCCAUACGGUGGUCGUAUAAACAGCAUUCUCACCCGGUUAAACAACGGUGGUUUCUAUGGAAAGUGGUAUCAGAGCAUAUACCAGUUGCAGAAACGGCCGGCACUGGUGUUGAAUGGCUCGUCGAUGCAUAGGAAGAUCACGAUCCGGCAUUUAUUCAUCCCGUUUGGGAUACUGUACAUCGGACUGACCAUGAGCAUAAUCGUAUUUAUCUACGAGUAUCAGCAAAACAACGUCCGAUAAUUUGCACGUCCUUCGCUCGGAGAAAUGCGUCCGAAAUGGUUGUACCUGACUGGAAGUAAAAAGCGGCAACUGACGUGGAAAUCGUUCCGCCCUGUCCGCAUUCUGUUUUGCUCGAUGGUUAGAAUGAAACAAAUGGUGCGAAUGAAACGCGAAGAAUCCCGGCUGAAGGAGAUGUAUCAUCUUGUCUUUCCUUGUCUUCGAUAAGAAAGAACAUCCUUCUCAUUUACUUGACGCUUUGGCCAAUUUCUUACCGCUUAAAACGAUCGACGGGUUUACAUAUAUCAACAUCUACCUUUGUCAACUUUUGUCUUUUUUGCGCAGUGCAAAAAGAUACUUCAACGUUUUCGAUCUUAUCCAUUUUCCAAUGGAUUUUAACAAUUCAUUCAACAAUAGUUACCUUGUUUGAACAAUAGGAUUGUUGCAAAGAAUACGCAGGAGUCGAUAGAAACAGAAUUGUUUCUGUUUUUUUUUUUUUUUUUUUGUUCAUUCGUGCAUGAUUUUAUAUAGCGAAAUAUUUUCACGACUAGAAGUUUAUCUCUGGUUUUAUGAGACAACAAAAUUUUUGUCGUCAUAUCCAUAUUCGUCACAAGAUCAAAGGAACGUAGCGAGAAUUAUAUCGAACAUCGGUAUUGACAUUGACUGUCUGGCACUGGUUGUCCCAUUUUACUUCAAUUUCUACGCUACGCUUUCGGCAUUAUCUAUCCAUUUCCCGCUGUGAAGACGACUUUUCAAAAAAUUAAACGAACCACUCUGUUCCAUAGCUGCAAUCGAAUAGGCUUUAAUCUACUCGUAUCUCAAUGCUAUUUUGCGAAUAAUCUAUUCAAAAUUCUGAAAAUACCUUUUACAAAAAAAGAUAUCACUUUCGUAAUAUCUUGGUUUCUCAUCGCGGAACUUAACGCUGGACUUUGCUUACAGAUUGCGAAGCUGAAAGUUAUCUUACUUUAGAGUUACUCUAAUAGGUCCUUGGAAUAAUUUCCACGAACGAACUGUGAGUGACACGACACGAUGCAAGUUCGAGUAUAGGACGUGGAGAAUUAAGUUUUACGUAAUUAUGCAACGAACGAGUUUAAGGAAAAGUAAGCUCUUUGAAGGGAUAAGACACGCAUCUAAGUUGAUCACUCCCACACCGCGCUUAACUUCGUUCAAGUUCUUAGUAUGCUGAUCAGCGAACCGCGAGCAGCCCGAUCGUUAGAGUUUCAGGAGUCUUUUAGAAUUUUUUUACGUAGAAGCUAUACAAUUUUUCCGAUCGACAUUUUACAUAUAUAUUCUUUGAUGUUUCGGUAACCUGCACAAAUCUUUUAAAGAGAAAUAAUUAAAAUAGAGUGCACUUUCGAAUGCAGUCGAUAAUUAGAAAAAUCGAUUUUGUCAAAGAAAUACGAUAGAAUAUUCUGUUAAAGAUCAAGAUCUCUGGUAGGGAUUUUUGUCAUUCGAAAGAAUUAUCUUACAUAGAAUUCCCUUUGACGUUCUCUCGUUGUAAGUAUCUCCUUUGCGAAUAAAUUCUCUCGAUCGUUAAAAAUAUACUAAAUUCGGUCGUUUUCCCCCGUGACUCGUUCCACCUUCCUGAAAUUUUGAAAGAUGGAUGUUGAAGAGGAUAUUUUCCGAGUGUACAUAGAUAGCAGCAACAAACGAUAUAAAAUUUGAGUAUCAAAAAGACGAGAAUAUCUGCAACGUCGAUAAAUGUAUACGUAUAGAAGACUAAGAAGUGUAUCUAAGAAGUAUCUCUUAUUUUCGUGUAAUUACGUAUAUGUUAAUUGAUCUGUUUGUCCGCGUUCAAGCCGAUUUUUUUCUAUUUUCUAAUUUAACGUGGGAGGAUAUUGGCUAAGGAGAUCUCUCGGUAUAGUUCUUAAUCGUUGUUUCAACAAAGUAAAACGCUAUUCCUAUAUAAGAUAGGGACGUGCUUCGUACUCGCCGAACACAAUCACAAUUUCAAACCACGACACGCAAUCUUCUUCGACAUAAUGCCCACAUUGCCACGAUCUCGUGAAUAGUAAUUUCAGCAACCAUCUUAUCUGCGAUGAAACGCGGUCACACGGUAAUUUCCUGAUGCUCAAAGGAUUAUGUCUAAAAUUUACCAGAACGUGAUAAUAACGCAGUGUACAUUCGUUUGACGCCGUUCAAGCGUUAAUUUUCUCUUCUCGAAAGCAAAACAAUCGAUUUUGCGACGUAAUUGAGUCAGAUCGCACAAAAGUAUCCCUAUUCUAUCGACAGCAUCUCGUCGAUCAAUGUACGACACCCUCUUCAUCGUUUUACAAUUAUAGUCGCAUUUCAUAU